AUGAGGAGUCCUUUUGGGCUCAAAGAGAAAAGGAAAAUUUUACAAAGAGCCACAAAAUCAUGUCAGAGCCUCUUGGAUCUGCGUGGUCUGCACAUUGCCAGCAUACCUAAAGAAAUCUUUGCAAAGCCUUUGGUGGAAAACUUGACAGUUUUGGAACUAAGUUUUAAUGGCCUCCAGUCACUUCCCAGUUGUAUUUGCCAACUGGUUAGUUUGGAGGAACUUUACCUUGGACAUAAUUACUUAAAAAUUUUGCCCAAAGAAAUUGGAGAUCUUCCAGCCUUGACAAGACUUGAUCUGGUACAUAAUGGUCUUCAAGAAGUCCCAUUUUGCAUUUCAAGAUUGAGAACUCUAGAGUGGGUUAAUCUGGCUGGGAACCUGGUGGAAGUUUUACCACCUUGGUUGCUUCUUCUACCAAACCUUCAACAUUUGUACCUUGUACGUAACCUCAUUGAAAACAUCCCCAGGGAUUGUUAUCUUCAAGGAAUAGAUUGCAUACGCAGGUACUUUAGAUUGCCUUGCACUAGAGAUGCUAGUGACAGAAACUGCCACACAAAUUUGAGGCUAUUGUCUCCUCAAAGAAAAUGCUUUGCAAGACCAAAGCUGCGCUCAAAUACUUUGGACAGACCCCUGUUGUUGUCUGAAAGUGAACCAGAUGUAGGAUUUAAAAAGUUAGUCUGUGAGCAGACCUCCCCAAGUUCAAGAUGUUCACCAAUUGAAGAUGAUUCCAUGAUUUCUGCAUCCUUGCCUGAGGAAACUUUACCAGAUAAAUAUGCUGAGCAACAUCAGGACAUUGUAACCAGUUUGGAAAAGUCUCAUCAAAAUGAACUUUGCCUUAUUAAACAACAGACAAGCAAGCUUCUUCACAAGCAGGAGCUUAGAAAAAAAAACAUUGACUCCUUGCGUAAGAUGAAAGAACAGUGUAAACUGGCACCAUUUCCUUAUACAAGAAGGAGGUUAGAUUUUAGCCUGGAUCUUGAGAGUCUGAACAGAAGAAGACCAAGAUGCUUGACUACAAGUGAAUAUGGAACUUGUUCCUCCAUCACAGAGAGCAUUGGAGUAAGGGAGCAUUCGUCCCUAAACAGAAAAGAUUCUCUUUUGAGUUUUCAAUCAUCUACUUCACUAGAUGAUGCUUUCAACAACAAUUUACCAGCAAAUCUGAGGCAGAGAAAGCUCUCAAGUGACAGUGGCAGCUCAUGUUUGAGUGAAGUUUCUGAAAAUGACUGUUACAUCAAUGACUCUGACUUAGAGUCAGUUAUUGACCGACGUAGACACAUAAGUCUGGGAGACAUUUGUGUUAUUAUCCCAGAGGAAAAUAUCACUGGCCAUCUGCAGUCAGAAUUUCAUCUUGAGGUGUUAGAAGAUAUGUCAUUUGCUCCUACACUCAAGAGUCGGGAGGUGCUUGCUAGUGAAGUUAUUGAGAUGACACCACAUGGAGCCGAGUUUUUCAAAGAUGAUCCAGCCAUCAUCAGUUUUCCUUUUGAUGUUAAAGUUGGAAGGUACGAUGUUGUCACUUGUCUUUGCAGCAACACUGGUUUUGGGCAGAGAACAAGUUGGGAAAAAAUGAAUCCAAGUGACUACAAGGUCUUCACUUCUCAUGUAGAAAUCAGAGCCUACCAUUUCAGUCUUUUUGCGAUUGUGGUAACAAAAGGCUACCCUGAAGCUCGCAAGACCAUAAAAGCUGGUAUAGGUGGUUGUCUCCACAUCCCCGAAGUCCCUGGAAUGGAAAUUCUCUUCCCAGACACAUCAUUACUUCAUGAUAUCGAAGCAUCUGUGAAGGUUCUUUAUGCAGAUCACCCUUAUGAUGUUGAUCAUUCUGACCCAGAGGCAUUAGCACUUGCUACACCAGUUGUCCAACUUGGUCCUCAUGGCUGUGUGUUUAAUCUACAUUCUGCUGACUCUGUGACUGUGCGCCUUCCACUUCCAGAUGGCAAAGAGAUUUUAGAGAGGUAUGGAGACAGGCAGCUCACAUUUUGGUGUAGUUCUACAACAGAUGGAGAAGAUCUCCAGUGGCAGCAGUUCUAUCCUAGGUUUUUCCACAUUGAUAACGAUGACAAUGCUCUAUGCUCUGUGUACUUCUCCGUGGAGCAUUUCUCUUUCGUUAGAGUUCUCUGGAACAUUAUUGAUACCAUCUUGUGGGAAGCUAAGCUGGGUGCUUCUAGUAUCAUUCCUCUGUUCCAAUUCAGUGUUUCCUUUCAAGCUUUGAUGUCAGAAGUGAGUGAGAAUGGGCUGAGGUUUGGCCUUUGUAUAGCAUGCUACAGAUUUGGUAAACCUUUGGAGGACAUUGGCAAUUUUCCUACUGUUGUUGGUAAAUGUAUUGCACCGAGACUGCUACACACAGGAAGGCUGCAAAUCAGGUAAGCUUAACCAGAUUGUAUGUAUUAAAAUGUAUGCCUUAUAAAUGUGCACCAGCACAUGCAGGAUUUUCCAAUACUGGGGUCCAACUUUUGAAACAUCAGUGACUUACAACAAAAACAAAUGUGACUUCAUUUUACCCCAAAUUUAGAGUAGCUAAGUAGCUCAUAUCUUUAGGAGUAUUUGAAUAAAUGGGAAAGAUACAUUGUAAAUUAACAUAAACAUAGUAUGGUAAAAACCCAAAUCAGCAGGUCUUUUUAUUAUCAACUGAAGGUUGAAGGUUUUUUUACUCUUUAUCAAGGAAGUGUGGCAUGGGCCUAAGAACCCUCUCCUCCACCCUCCCCCUCCCUCUUUAUCUGUACAAUUUGUGCAGAAAACAGUGUGUAGAUUAAGAAAAAAAUCAUCUGAUGAGAGCAGACACCUUUCUCAAGCCUUUUUUUUUAUUUUGUACAUAGUAAAAUGAAUCAGCUCUAAAAUUAGUUGAAGAGGAGUAAUGUGUUUUUCCUCCUUUACCUUUACAAUUAUUUUUUCUCAGUGCCUCUGAACCAUUUCAUAACUUUAUACAAUGUCAAAUUUCACCUCUCUCCCCAGCUUAAACCUUAAUUGACUUGAUAUGACAAUUCACAUUGUUCAUACUAAACACUUUCUUCAAACCAUAUCUGUUACAAGGUUGGAAUCAGAUCAUUUUGACACAGACACCUCAAUUGGUGUUAAAGAUCUUGUAGCUGUGGAGAACUUCACUGGCCGUCCAUUUGUGAUUCAGUUUGGAUGUCGAUUUAAGGGAGAGCCACCAUAUGGAAACUUUGGUAAUGUUUUUGUGGAUGAACUAUCAAAGAGUGGUGAAAACAAGCCAGUUUUCUCUUUCCUCUUAAAUAGGGUAAGCUCUCAUGUAAUGCUUAACUACACAGAACAACUACAACUUAGAGCAAACCUCCCAUGAGAUUUUCUGUAGCUUAACCUGUGAAACCCUAACAUCAGUAUCCAGAUUCUCCAUACUCUUUUCUUAUCAGUUCCUUUGGUACUGACAAGGAGAAUUUGUGUAAUCACACAAGUGCUUAGGUUGAUGAUCAUUUCCCUUAUUCUCAUGAUCUUAAUGAAUGAUUCAGCAAUAUUAAUGUAAAGAGAAAUUAGAAGCUGGUCAUUCUUAGGGUUAAUGGCAAGAGAGCAUCAGACUGCAAAAUUUAAAGGUUUUGGGUUGAAUCCCUUAAGGUACUAAAGGUUUUUCUCCUUUGUCCUACACUCACAAGAAGAAAUCAAUAAUAACUUCCUCUAAUUGACUACUUAACUUAUAAUUAACAUCUUUCUUACACAAUAAACCAACAAGAGUGACAUUUCUGCUGGUGACUACACUUACUACAUAAAUUAUGUAUUCAAUUACUUUGCCUCACAAUAACUAUCUUGAAUUUAAACUCUUUGUUGCAGCCUCAUGAUGCUGAUGAUGCUGAUAGCUGUCUUGAUUGGGAAGUUCAAUUAACUAAGGAACUGACAAACGUGCUGAGCAUCAAUGCUGAAACAGACAUGGGUGAUGAGGUGUGGCAUGAAGUUGCUAAACAACUGGGUUAUACUCCACGAGAGAUAAGCAAUUUCAGCACAAAUGACAACCCAAUGGCAGCAGUUAUCGCAGACUAUAAAAGACGUGGUGGAAUACCUCAUCAGUUCAUUACUGCUCUUUACAAAACAGGUUCCCCAGGGAAUGUAGUGAAACAGAAAAUAAACAACAGGAUUGGAUCCACAAGAAUGGUGGAAGGAGACACACCAGGUGAAAGUUUGUUUUUGUGUGAUCCAGAGAGCCAUGAAAUCUCAAGGCUAAAUAAAUUAAACAUCUAUGUAAACAAGAUUUAAUCCUCUCCCCCCCCUCCCUUAUCAUAGUAGAAAGUUUUUAUUCCUCUCUCUCCAAGAAUUUCUGGUCACUUAACCCUUAAACUCCCAUGAUCUGAUUGUUAACUCUCCCCUCUAACUGCUACAAAUUUCCUUGUAAAGUAGCUGGGAGAAUUUGGUGUUAGAUCAAGAUAACAACUUUUACCUUAAAAGUUUGCGUAUUCUCUUUACCUUUUUGCUGCAUAAUGUGUGGAUAUUAUAGGGAGAAGUAACAUGUUAAUCACUUCUGGGAGCUAAAGAGUUAAAGUGUGGGAAGAGUGUUUCUAGGUUGCAAGAUGUAAAAUGUUAGUAUUAAUGUGUCAUCAAAGAGAAAAUUCACUUGUCUUCAUCCUAGGAGUAUUCCUGAGAAUUGACCUCCAUCACAUCUGAAAAAAGACAAUAUACUUUAAACAAAGUCCUUGUUCUUUUAGAUGCACAGACAUAUCCACACUUUUCUCAUUCUUGACUGACUGCCCAAUAUUUUGAUUCUGACAGAAAUGGAACUAAAAAUGUGCCCUUGUGUAAAAAAGAAUGCUCGCAAACGAAGACUUCCAGAGGCUAUAAAUUGGGAAGAGAAAUUCCAUGACCUUUCCCAAAAAAUUGGAAAUGGAGAGUGGAAACAGCUUGGCCGAGUGUUGGGGGUUAGUGAUAGCAAAAUAAAAGAGAUCGAACAUGACUGCAGCAUCAAUAAAGAUAGCUUGUAUGAAAAGCCAUAUCAAGUGCUUUUAGCAUGGCGAGAUCGCUACCCAGAUCAUUGCAAUCUGACUACCCUUUCUAGGGCAUUAUGCAAAGUGGGGCUCGGGUAUGUUGCAAGACAAUACUGUCUUGCUUUAGAGAUGGGUUGA